UCCUUUUAUAACAAGUCGUCUCCAAAAGUUGUUUUAUAUUUCUAUUUUAUAUUCAUUUCAUUAGUUUUAUAGUAUAUUUUAUUUCUAUACCGUAUAUAUCAUAUUUGUAAAGAUGUUCUCAAAGUCUAUUAUUAUUCUCAUCGCAAUGAUCACAAUUUCGGUCAUCAGAGCCGAUGAAGAAAUGUCGGACAUGUCUGCCGAACAAACUCCUCAUAUCAUGAAAGGCGAGGAAUCCAAUGAACAAAUGAAA